CAAGCGUUUAACAACAUGGAUAAAAAAAAUUAUUUAAGUUUUUAUUAAUAUUCCGUGAAGAAUAAAUAAGACUUAAAAGUUAACGUCAGAACUUCAGACACUGCUGAAAAUAUUCUCAGUCUGUCAUCAUGAAUACUAUGUGGAAACAUUUGAUGAACCCAAAAAGUGGAAUUCUAGAAAGACCUUUGACGUAUACAUAUUUGAAAUCAUGUAGAAGAUUUCAGCAUCUGACAAUUGGCAGAAAGUUUAGUCAGAGGUACAAGGGAAAAUGUUGUCAAAGAGAGGCAAUGAUGGUAAAGUCUAGAAUUUGUUUAAUGAGCAUGGAGAAAUGUCUUUUAAACAGAGAAAGUCAUUGUUGGCAAAAGUCCAACUACUUGUUAAAGACAGAGAAACACUUAACAGAACAACCAAUGCUUCCUAAUGAUCAUUUUUCACGGAAGCAGAAUUAUAGCUCGUCUAUAUUUGUGAGUGACAGACACUCCGAUAUCUCGUCUGCUUUCAAUUAUGACCUUGACCUUGAGGAGAAAUUGGUUAACAUUGAGCUGCUGAAGGUAAACCUACAUAGGAGAGGGCUGGACAUUAAUAUUGAUCAGUUGGAAAAAGACUAUGCAGAAUAUCUUCAACUUGGAGAAGAGAAAGUGAAGCUUGAGUUGAAAAGAGAAAAUAUUGCCAGCCAAAUAGCUAAAAUAGUUGGUGAACAAAAACAGAGUGGAACAAAGACAAAGGAUCAGACUUCACAAAUGAAGUGUCUCAAAGAAGAAGGAAAGAUUACCAAAUCUCACUUAAAACAGCUUAUGGUAAAAUACUGGGAUGUGGAGGAGAGAGUCAUGUUACUUGCAUUGUCCUUACCCAGCAAUCUUUCUACAGAUGUUCCAGACGACUUAAAAGUUCUACAGGAACAUUUUGAAGAGAAAAAGCCUACAUUACCAUUAGAUCAUGAGGAAGUGUUGAGACAAUCAGAUAUGGUCAGAUUAAGGAAUGUUGGACACAAGGCUUACUACCUGACUGGCAGGCUAGCUGUGUUAGAACAAGAACUGGUCACCUACUUCUCUACACAACUCCGAUCUCAACACAUACACCAGAUGGCAGCACCAGAAAUGUUUAAAGCUCCUGUUGUGGAAUCUGGCGGCAUAAAUGUGAUGGACCCGUCUUCUGUUUACAGACUGCAGCAUAAACUGGGAACCAGUGAAAUGUCAGACCGGCACACUGAUCACAUGUUUCUACAUGGAACUUCACACCUCUCUUUUCUAUCUUAUUUUGCUAGAAUGGAGCUUUCUUGUGAAGAUUUACCUAUACAAAUGUUUGCUGUUGGAAGGAACUACAUACCAGAGAAUGUAGAAAGGAAAAGUUUACCAGGUUUAUAUGGGGUGUUACAGUCAAUCAAGGUGUGUAUGUGUGCUGUGUGUAAAUCCAGGGAGUCUAGUGCAGAG